AUGGCUUCCCUUGCAUUUUCUUGCAUCAAACCUCAUACUAUCCCUAAUAAAAAUAAGUCGUCCUAUCGAGUAAGCCACGAAUCAUAUUCACUCGGAAAAACAAUUAACAUUCCUACUCAGGAAAACAUUUGUUGUGCGAAAUUAUCUGAAAAUCCAGGGUUAUUGACUAAAUCAAAUGUUGCAAUAAAACCAACUGUUUAUGAUACUCAGUGGAAACAAGAAACUGAGAAUAAUCAGGAGCUCGUUGCAUGGACAAGUGUUAAGCAAGAGAGAUGGCAAGGAGAGCUUCAAGUUGAAGGACAAAUCCCAAACUGGCUGAAUGGGACAUACCUAAGGAACGGACCAGGGCUAUGGCACAUCGGAGAUUACAACUUCCGCCACCUCUUUGACGGCUACGCAACCCUUGUCCGCCUCCACUUUGAAAACGGCGGCCUCACAAUGGCCCACCGUCAAAUCGAGUCCGACGCAUACAAGGCCACCAAGGCCCACAACAAGCUCUGCUACCGAGAAUUUUCCGAGGUCCCAAUUAGGCCCAACAAUCUGUUGGCCUACAUUGGCGACCUAGCUAACCUACUCAGUGGCGCCUCUUUGACCGAUAACGCCAACACUGGAGUCGUUAGAUUGGGAGACGGGCGCGUGGUUUGCCUGACAGAAACCGUGAAAGGCUCGAUUAUGGUUGAUCCAGACACUUUGGACACGUUGGGGAGAUUCGAGUUUAGUGACAAAUUAGGUGGGCUCAUACACUCGGCUCACCCAAUCGUGACCGAGAAUGAGUUUUUGACGUUGUUGCCAGAUCUGAUGAAUCCAGGGUAUUUGGUGGUGAGGAUGGAGGCUGGGACGAACGAGAGGAAGAUGCCGCUUAGGUAUUGCCUUCGGAAUUUGCUCCGGGCAGAGCCCACGCCGUUGUUCAAGUUCGAAUGGAAGCCUAGCUCUAAGGCCUACAUGCAUGUGGCGAGCGUGGAAGUUCCUUUGUACGUGACGUUCCAUUUUAUUAAUGCAUACGAGGAGAAAGAUGAAGAUGGAAAGGUGACGGCCGUUAUUGCCGAUUGCUGUGAGCACAAUGCCGACACAUCCAUCUUGCAGAAACUCACCCUUCACAACCUCCGUUCUUUGGCGGGCAAAGAUGUCCUACCAGAUGCAAGGGUUGGGAGAUUCAAGAUUCCAUUGGACGGGAAGCCAUAUGGGAGUUUAGAAGCCGCAUUGGACCCAAAUGAACAUGGAAAAGGGCUUGAUAUGUGCAGCAUAAACCCUAAUUUUCUAGGCCAAAAAUACAGAUAUGCUUAUGCCACUGGUGCUAAGAGGCCUUGUAAUUUCCCCAACACCCUUACUAAGGUUGACUUGAUCAAGAAGAAAGCCAAGAGCUGGGUGGAAAACGGAUCCAUACCCUCCGAACCCAUCUUUGUGCCUCGUCCGAGUGCAACAGAGGAGGAUGAUGGAGUGAUAAUAUCAAUAGUAAGUGGCAAAAAUGGAGAAGGAUAUGCAUUGUUACUUGAUGGACACUCGUUUGAAGAAAUUGCAAGAGCUAAGUUC